AAAAAAAACAUAUAUUUUAGUGAAUUAUUUUGUGCAUAAAGGACUCUAAAUGAUGAGAGUAUAUUUUCUGAUGUUAAUUUCAGUUUAUUGAGAACAAUGUACACCCUGAAGGGUAUUUUUCCAGAGCCCAAAAAAGAACCAAAAAAGAACUUCAUAAAAGAAAACAUGAAACAAUUAAAAUUUAUACAAGGGAAGCCACCAAAAGACCCAAAGUUUAUAUUAAAGCCUGGGCAACAGAGACUAACAAGCUCCUUAACAGCAUCAACUACUUUAGGUCAAGUGAAAUCCUCUCCCUCCAGUAAAAGUGGUAAAGUUACACUUAAUGUUGCCAAAACUUGUGCUUCAGGUUACCGAAGAAGGCAGGACAUUAGGAUUAAAAAAGGUGACAUGGCAGAGUUUUUAAAACGAAAAGAAUUAAGACAAGCUCAGACUAAUGAUGAUACAGAGGAUGAAGUCAAUUCAAAUGAUAGUUCAGGCCGCCUGCGGGACAUAGGUUGCCAAACUAUUGAAACCAAUCUAUCUCAGAGGCUUGAAAGUGCAAAGUUGACAAUGUUGUAUCCUAGAGAAGAAGACAGUGAAGCUAAGCUGAAGGCUAGUGGAGAUAGUGAAAGAACUAAAAGUCCUUCAUCGCUAACACUUACACCUCGAAGAGCAGGUGAUGAUUUGAUGGAUGAAAAACAUAGGAGCAAACUGAACUCGAUUUUAGAGAAAAAGGAUAAAGAUCCCUACCUUCCUUCAGGUUAUCAAAAAGGAGUGUUACCAAAAUAUCUCCGGGAGAGGAAAGAGCAAACAGCAAAAGAAUUAGAAGAUACUAAAGCUGAUGAAGACCAUAUUAUGUGUCCUCCGGGUCAUGUCACAUUGCCAGAUAAUGAGAGGAAGGAGACUUUACGGAUGCUUCGAAAUAGUUUUGCGGAGCUUGUGAGUGAAUUAAACAAAAUGCCAGUUAAAACAGACACAUUAAGGAUGAGAAACAGAAAAAUGGAGUUAGAAAAACAGCUGGCUAAGCUUGAGGAGGGUAUCAAAGUAUUUUCCAGACCUAAAGUUUUUGUCAAGAUUGGGGAGUAGACCCCCAGCCCAGACAAGAAUAAAAAAAGCUUUCACAAUGAUAAUAGUAAAUUGUGAAGUGAUUCAUUUUGUUUAUACUUCUUGGAUGUGUGACAAUGAACUUGAAUAUUUUAAUGAUGUUUAAACCGAACUACUGGAUUUUGCAAACUAUUUAUAGAGAAUUUAGUUGUAAUUAAAAUUGCAUUUUCUGUAGUAAAAAUUGUUAGUAAUGAAAAAAUUAUUGUAUUGGUCUAGUAUGAUUUGUAAUGUAAUUGUAGUUUUAAUUAUUGUAUGCUCCUUUAAUUAAUAUAGAGGCGCUAAUUAAUGUUUGUAUGAUUUACAGUGACUUAAACAUUUGGAAUUUUAAUUUAAUUAUAUUUUCAUUUUCUUAUGAUUU